UCUUCUCCCAUUUCCCACACUCCCCUCCGCUCUUCCCUUCACUCUUCUUCUCCGUUUUCUUCUCUCUCAUUCUUUUUUUUUCUAUUUUUCUUAUUACCCAUUAACAUUCCUCUCCUCCUCAUUCCUUCUAUCUUAAGAAACCUUUUCUUCUUCCUUCUUCCAACCACAUAAAUUAACACACACCUCUCAAAUAUUAUUACCAAUUUCAACCAUGAGUUGCAACGGUUGCAGAGUGCUUCGAAAGGGCUGCAGCGAAGCUUGCGUUUUAAGGUCUAGUCUUCAUUGGAUUGAUUCUCCCGAAGCUCAAGGCAACGCUACUCUGUUUCUUGCUAAGUUUUUUGGCCGUAGUGAUCUUUUGUCCUUCAUCUCCGCCGUUCCUUAUCAUCAAAGACCUGCUUUGUUUCAGUCUCUGUUAUUCGAAGCCUGUGGUCGCACAGUUAACCCAGUUAGCGGCGCCGUUGGUCUAUUGUCUACUGGGAACUGGCACGUCUGUCAGGCGGCGGCGGAUACUAUUCUCAACGGCGGGGUUCUCCGACCAAUACCCGGAAUCGAAAUUUCUGCCAAUCCCACGCCUAACCUUGAUGAUUCAUCGCUUACUUUUAAUACCGAUGUCUGGACAACCACCACGGUACACAAUCUUCAAUUUUACCCAUCUACUCCGUCUGAUUUCCGGUGCCUUCCUGAUCUCAGUCUCGGCAGAGCGAAGAAUCAUCAUCCGUUGGAGAAUCGGCGGUCUCUUGAUUCCGAAGAGUCGGUCAUGACUAGCUUCGGAAGCGGCGAUCUUGGCGACCAACGGAAAGAAACGAAGCUUUUGAACUUAUUCGUGUGAAAAAGAGAGAGAGAGAGAGAAGGAUGGAAUUUUGUUUUUGAGUUUAGUGGCGAUGUUGUAGAAGAAGUAAGAACAGUGAAUAAUCCAAUGAGAUUUUAAUAAUCAGUUGGUCGGAAACGAACCGUCGUAAUGAAAUUUUCUUCCACCGGCAAUGGUGAUUUAUCCCUCGGUUCUAAAAAGAAAAAAAAAAAAAAACCAAAAUUUGGGGGAGAGGUUUAUAGGGUAAUUUGAAUAAUAAUAAUGGAAGGAUGAGAUGUAAUCGUGGAGAGGAGAGAUUUGUUUGUUGCAAUUUGCAUGGAUAAUCGAAAUUCAACAUUGUCCUCGCCGUA